AUGUCUGAUACAACUAGCGAACAGCUUCCAGCCCUCCUUUCGGAUAUUACUCCUCAGUGGUUAGGGGAAAAGCUGGGGCAUAAGGUUAAGUCCAUCGAGAAUACCUCAAAUAUUUGGGGUACGGCCAGCAAACUUUUCUUUACCAUUACUUAUGAAGAUGAUGGUGCCGAUGAGCGGCCGAAACAUAUCUGCAUCAAAGGUGUUUUCGACCCUAAGAUGAUUGAGGCGCAGCCCUGGACAGUCAGCUUGGCACAACGAGAGGCCGAUUUCUUUACAAAAGUCGCGCCCAACGUCAAGAACAUGAUCUUCCCCAAGAGCUGGUGGAGCGGCUUGAGUGACAAGCAAGGCAUCGCUAUCAUGAACGACUUGACUACCGAGGGCUGCACCUUCCCUACCGAGACUGCCUCGUAUUCAGUUGAGAAAGUUUUAAACGGUGUUGAACAGUUGGCUGGUCUGCAUGCACAGUACUGGGGUCAGAGCCAGGAUGACCAUCCAUGGAUCUGGAAUAACUACGACCCAGCCAUGAAGUUCAUGUGCACACCAUGGGAUGAAGUCGUACGAACCCCUGGCCGACCCCAGCUACCCGAGUACCUGAUGGAUGGUAAGCGAUGCAACGAAGCGCUAGACCGCUAUUACGCGGAGCGUAACCCGAGAUUCCGUACGCUCCUUCACGGCGAUACCCAUAUUGGCAACGUCUACUUUACCUCCAGCGGGCGCAUCGGAUUCCUUGACUGGUCAGCCUUCCACUUCGGGUCCUGCUUCCAUGAUGUUGUCUAUCACAUGACAGCCAUGUUAAGCAUCGAAGACCGUCGCUCCCAUGAAAUGGAGAUCCUUGACCACUACCUUGAUACGUUGCACAGACUUGGUGGGCCUAAGUUCGACCGUCACAAUGACCCCGAAGUUAUGAUCGAGUACCGACGCUCGUUCAUGACCAACGUCAUCUGGCUUAUCUGCCCGGAUGGUUUGCAGAGCAAGGAGCGAGUAGCGGCCCUUUGUGAGCGCACUGUUGCUACUUACGACGACCAUAAGGUUAUCGAUGUCAUUCUUGGCCAGCCCAAGCCGGCAGCUUGA